GAUCAUUACCUGAGUGGAAACCAAGAGUCCCACGCCUAAGGGACUGAACCACCCAGCUGCCCCAUGUGUGUUGUAUCUCUUCAGAAGUUACAAAGAUGAGGUGCCUGGGUGGCUCAGUGGUUGAGCAUCUGCCUUCAGAUCAGGGCGUGAUCCCGGGGUCCGGGGAUCGAGUCCCACCCACAUUGGGAUCCCUGCAUGGAGCCUGCUUCUGCCUCUGUCUCUCUCUCUCACGAAUAAAUAAAUAAAUAAAAUCUUUAAGAAAAGUUACAAAGAAUAUACCUACGUUUUCUCCUUGGAAAGAAAAACUAUGUUCAAACAGGGAUUGACUGCAACCCCUUCAUCCAGCCCUACCUGCUGGUACUCUCUUCAGGGGCCUUUUUCCAAAGUCCUUUCCCUUUUCAUGUACAUGACAUGUGCACCCACUGACAUUACAGCGAGUGCUUUGCCUCAUCACCAAAGGGAUGAAGGCAUGCGGAGGUUCCUGUUCCUGGCCUUUCAGUUCUUACCUGGUUAGCGUUCCGUGACAGUAUCCAUUAAAAUGCAUUUUUUAAAAAACUUUUUUUUCCCAUUUUUUAAAAAACUUGAUGCAAUGUCUGGCACAGCACUAGUGUGGCUGGAACAGAAUCUGGGUGGGGGGUGGGGAGGAGGGUGCAUGUCCAUGCACUCCCCUUGGCCCCGCGGAUUCCAGCGCAUGCGCUCUCUAGCCGGGCCCAGCUCCCCGACAGGCGCCCUGGAACUGAGGGGAAGGGGGGGAGGACGGAACCGACCCGCCUUGGGGUGUAAGGCAAGCGGCCCUCCCGCGGGAGGGGGCGUGAGCGGGGCGGGGCCGGAACUUCUUUUUUUCCGAGCCGCGCCUCGGACGGGCACAGUUACCCGCCGCACCGACCAUGGCCGCAGCCGUGCUGGGGCAGAUUUGGGCCCGAAAACUCCUGCCUGUCUCUUGGCUUCUUUGUGGCCCCAGAAGAUAUGCCUCAUCAAACUUCAAGGCUGCAGACCUGCAGCUGGAAAUGACGAAGGAACCUCAUCAGAAGCCUGACCCCAGCAAGCCCCUGGUGUUUGGGAAGACAUUCACCGACCAUAUGCUGAUGGUGGAGUGGAAGGAGGAGAUGGGCUGGGGUCAGCCCCGAAUCCAGCCCUUCCAGAAUCUCACACUGCACCCAGCCUGCUCCGGCCUCCACUACUCGAUGCAGCUCUUCGAGGGCAUGAAGGCGUUCAAGGGCAGCGACCAGCGGGUGCGCCUCUUCCGACCCUGGCUCAACAUGGACCGGAUGCUGCACUCAGCCUUGCGCCUCUGCCUACCGAGUUUUGACAAGGUCGAGCUGCUUGAGUGCAUCCGCCGGCUUGUGGAAGUAGACAAAGACUGGGUUCCUGAGGGCAAGGAUACCAGCCUCUACGUGCGGCCUGUGCUCAUUGGGAACGAGCCCUCCCUAGGUGUCACCCAAUCCACGCAAGCUCUCCUGUUUGUCAUUCUCUGCCCUGUGGGCGCAUACUUUCCCGGAGAUGCCAUGGACCCCGUGUCCCUCCUGGCCGACCCAGCGUUUAUCCGGGCCUGGGUGGGUGGGGUCGGUGACUACAAGCUGGGGGGGAAUUAUGGGCCCACAGUACUUGUGCAGCAAGAGGCGAAGAAGAGGGGCUGUGAACAGGUCCUCUGGCUGUACGGGCCGGACCACCAGCUCACCGAGGUGGGCACCAUGAACAUCUUCAUCUACUGGACCCAUGAGGAUGGGGUGCUGGAACUGGUGACCCCCUCACUGGAUGGUGUCAUUCUGCCCGGAGUAGUCAGACAGAGUCUACUGGACCUGGCAAGGACCUGGGGUGAGUUCCGAGUCGUUGAGCGUAAGGUCACAAUGAAGGAGUUGUUGCGGGCGCUGGAAGAGGGACGGGUUCGGGAAGUCUUUGGCUCAGGCACAGCUUGCCAGGUCUGCCCUGUGCACCAGAUCCUGUACCAAGGCAAGCAUUUGCACAUUCCCACCAUGGAAAAUGGGCCCGAGCUUAUCCUCCGCUUCCUGAAGGAGCUGAAGGAGAUCCAGUACGGAGCAAGAGCCCACGACUGGAUGCUCCCGGUAUGACAGCGCCCUGCCCUGCCUCUCCUCGGACCCACCCUCCCGUAGCAUCCAGCCGUCGCCGGACCCUCCCCUCCCUACCGAUGACUCACCUGAAGUGCAAUAUGAAAUAUAAAAGGCCGGGGGCUGCCGGGACGCCUGGGUCUCUGGCGCCCCCACAUGGCCUCUACACUCCCAAAGCCAUAAGGGCCGGACCCAGAGCGUCUAGGCCCCUCGCCCCGCCUCUCAGACCUUGGUGGGGGAUCUGGGCUCCCCGCUGCUCCGUGUCUGGGGGCCAAGGAUGCCCUUUGCCCCUCCCCCCCACUCCACAUCUCUCCGUUCUCAGGCCGGAUCUCCCGGUGCUGCUUUGAUUUUUUUUUUUCUCCUGCUGCAAUUUUGAAAUAAAUGCCAAAGAACAAGC